AUGGAAUCUACUUUUCCUCUACUGCGACUUUCCGAGAAUGUCAUCAUCGAAGUGAUCAAGAACUUUCCUUUGACACAAUUGUUUGAAUUCUCCCUUGUCUCAUCGAAAACUAAGAAACUUGUGUCAGCAUUAGAAUUAAAACUAAGGGUUUUUGACAUCAUCAUUUCGCACAGUAUUAGGGUGAAUGUGUUAAAUGAAAGAUCAGAUUUGAAUCUGUAUUUAUAUAAAGAUUUGAAUGAUCAGAACGGGUUAUUACCAGUAGAUAUAACUCUUCCAGUUGCUGCUUAUGUUGGAUAUGAAGACACAAGAAUUUUGGCAUCCCCUCCAUACAACUUCAGCGAUUGGUUGAAUCAUAUUCAGUCAGUGUUCUGUUGCAAUCAGUCACCGAAAGUUUUUUUUUGUCAAGGCUGCGAAAGAUUUGGAAUUGAGUCGUUGAAAGAAACAAUUGGAAAUAUUAAUACGCUAAUUCCGAUUGACGUAUUGACAGACGAAUCGAUCAGAAAAGUUUUGAAAUGUUUCAAUGUCUCAAGCAAAUUGCAUCUCGGCAGAAACCCAUUUGAAGAAGCUUGUCAGAUUCAACAAAUCUUCAUUCGAAACUACAAAAGAAUUUUAUUUGAUGGCGUUUACUCCUUAGAUGACAUGCUAUUGAUCAACAGUGAAUCAGUUGAAUUCCAUCAUCGACCAACUCAAAAACAAUGCAAUCAAUUCCUCAAACACUGGAUCCGUGGCUCGAAUCCAAGACUACAAUACAUAGAACUAGCAAUUGAUGAUCCUAAUUCCGUGAGCAGAGAAGUGCUUUUGAAAGGAAUUCAUUGUGUUGAUGUGGCAGGAGAAGAGCGACUAGAAACCUGUCGGAAACUUCUUGUCGAUAAAUUUAUUUUAAAUAAAUUUCAAACUCUCAGUUACCAUAUGGUUGAGAUCAGACGAAACGACGGGACACCUGCAGUGAUUGCAACCAAGACGUACGAAAAUAAUAUUCUUCAUAUCUGCGUCUUCGCCGUUCAUUAA